UGGGAGAUCAGAGAGUUGCUAUUUAAAGUUAGUUCCUCUGCCCGCCUCUCCCCUCGCCAGGGAGUUCCUCAAACCCUGGGAGGAGCAUCAAUUGCUAAUCUCAGUGUACCAGGCAAAGGUUGUACCGUUGACUUUUUCUGUGCGAGAAAGCAGCUGAGACUUCAGCUCUACUUUCAAAGUGGGACAUUUUGUGAGAGUUCCCCCCUCCCACUUUGCUAUUAUUACGCUGCCUCACUUGCUCCUACCACGAUUUUUGGGGCUACCACUGAGUCGUAAAUGCAUUUUACAAGAAGGCUCCCUGCCUCACAGACAUUGCUGCGGCAGUAGUUGGAUACACUCUUGAAUGAAAUUGCACGGGAGAGAGAGAGGAAGGAAAGGAUUCCUGCACGCUUCUUCAAGCAUUUCUUCCUGGUCCAUCAGCCUCCCUCUUGGCUAAGAAAUGGACAAGGAUGGGAUUGAUCUUCACAGAAUUCCCCACAAGUCAUACACUGACAGUGGAUUUCAUGGGAUUGAAUUUCUGCCUGAAGAUUUCAGAGUAGAUCCCAAUGAAACAACAAUGAGGAUGAAUGAGAAAUGCUCCUCUCUUCCUGCUGAGGAGAAGGGGAUCCACAUUAUCAACAUCAGAGCCAUUGAAGAUAUUGGAUAUGUCCGCACAGAAAGCACGAUAUUAAAUUCAUUUUCUCAAGAUCCAGAUGCCAAUUGCAAGUAUGGACUUUAUUUUAGAGAUGGGAAAAAGAAAGUAGAUUACAUCCUGGUUUACCACUACAAGAAGUCCUCUUUCAGCAGAACACUCACCAGACGAAUCCACAUUAAUGACCUGGGGGCUCGAAGUGUCAAACACGAUCAACCACUUCCUGGAAAAGGAGGGGAGAUGAAUAUGGAUGAAAAGGAACCACACAUGGACUACCAUGAAGAUGACAAGAGAUUCCGCAGAGAAGAAUAUGAAAGCAAUCUCAUCCAGGCGGGUCUUGAGUUGGAAAGAGAUGAAGAUACUAAAAUACAUGGGGUUGGAUUUGUAAAAAUACAUGCACCUUGGAGUGUUUUGUGUCGAGAAGCAGAAUUUAUGAAACUGAAGAUGCCUACAAAAAAGGUAUACCAAAUUCAUCAGCCAAAUGGUCUCUUGAGAAAAAUUAAUUCUGUAAUUCAAAAGAUUACAGAGCCCAUCCAACCUAAAGUGGCAGAACACAAACAACAGACAGUGAAACGUCUCUCUUACCCCUUCUCUAGGGAGAAACAACACUUGUUUGAUUUGUCUGACAGAGAGUCCUUUUUUGACAGCAAAACCAGAAGCACCAUAGUUUACGAAAUACUGAAACGAACUACCUGCACCAAAGCCAAAUACAGCAUGGGGAACGGAGAGGGAAGAAAGAAGGAAACUACCCUUUUAAAUAAAAGACGAAAAUGUGAUAAAUAUGGGAUCACCAGUCUGCUUGCCAAUGGUGUUUACAGUGCUGCAUAUCCAUUACAUGAUGGUGACUAUGAAGAUGAAUACGUUGAGGCUAAUGACAGAAAACUCCUGUGUGAAGAAUGGGCAAACUAUGGAGUUUUUUACAAGUACCAGCCAAUUGACCUAGUGAGGAAGUACUUUGGUGAGAAGAUUGGAUUGUAUUUUGCCUGGCUGGGAGUUUAUACACAAAUGCUCAUUCCAGCUUCCAUCGUAGGGAUUAUCGUGUUCCUGUAUGGUUGUGCAACAAUGAAUGAGAAUAUACCAAGCAUGGAGAUGUGUGACCAGAAAAUCAAUAUCACCAUGUGUCCCUUAUGUGAUAGGACAUGCAGCUACUGGAAAAUGAGCUCUGCUUGUGACACUGCUCGGGCAAGCCAUCUAUUUGAUAAUCCAGCAACUGUCUUCUUCUCUGUCUUUAUGGCUCUUUGGGCUGCCACAUUCAUGGAACACUGGAAGAGAAAACAGAUGAGACUGAACUAUAGAUGGGAUUUGACUGGGUUUGAAGAAGAAGAAGAGGCAGUCAAGGAUCACCCAAGGGCUGAGUAUGAAGCUAAAGUAUUAGAAAAGUCCCUAAGAAAAGAAUACAGAAAUAAAGAGAAGGGCCAGCAAUUGCCGGAAGAGGCAGCAAACAAAUGGCGACAAAGAGUUAAGAAAGUCAUGGCUGGGGUGAAAUUGACUGAAAAAGAAAAACUGACAUGGAAAGAUCGUUUUCCAGCAUACUUUACAAAUUUUGUGAGCAUUAUUUUCAUGAUUGGGCUGACAUUUGCGAUUGUUUUUGGAGUUAUCAUAUACCGAAUCUCCACUGCAGCAGCUUUAGCCAUCAGUUCAUCUCCAGCUGGCCGGUCUAAUAUUAGAGUAACUGUGACUGCAACUGCAGUGAUUAUUAAUCUAGUGGUGAUUAUAAUCUUGGAUGAAGUAUAUGGCUGCAUAGCCCGAUGGCUGACCCAGAUUGAGGUUCCAAAAACCGACAAGAGUUUUGAAGAACGUUUGAUUUUCAAGGCCUUCCUUCUGAAAUUUGUCAAUGCCUAUACUCCUAUUUUUUAUGUUGCUUUCUUCAAGGGUCGAUUUGUUGGACGACCAGGGGACUACGUCUACAUUUUUCAUUCUUUCAGAAUGGAAGAGUGUGCUCCGGGUGGUUGCUUAAUGGAGUUGUGCAUACAACUCAGCAUUAUUAUGUUGGGCAAACAGCUGAUUCAGAAUAAUCUUUUUGAGAUUGGCAUCCCAAAAAUGAAAAAAUUGAUAAGGUACUUGAAAUUGAAACGACGACAGCCUGUAGACCAUGAGGAGUAUUUCAAGAAAAAACAACGCUAUGAAGUAGACUAUAACCUGGAGCCUUUUGCAGGCCUGACUCCGGAAUAUAUGGAAAUGAUCAUCCAGUUUGGCUUUGUAACACUGUUUGUCGCAUCCUUCCCACUGGCUCCCUUGUUUGCACUGCUGAACAACAUCAUUGAAAUACGUCUGGAUGCAAAGAAGUUUGUUACUGAGCUUAGGAGGCCAGUUGCAGUUAGAGCCAAAGACAUAGGAAUUUGGUAUAAUAUUCUCAGAGGUGUAGGAAAACUUGCUGUGAUAAUAAAUGCAUUUGUGAUCUCAUUCACAUCUGACUUCAUUCCACGCCUCGUGUACCUGUAUACGUACAGUGAAAAUGGCACCAUGCAUGGCUUCGUGAACCAUACACUAUCCUAUUUUAAUGUCAGCGAUUUUCAAGAAGGAACAGCUCCAAAUGACCCUUUGGAGCUUGGCUAUCCAGUCCAAAUGUGCAGAUACAAAGAUUACCGAGAGCCCCCUUGGUCUGAAAAUAAAUAUGAAAUUGCAAAGGAUUUCUGGGCUGUUCUAGCAGCAAGAUUAGCAUUUGUAAUAGUGUUCCAGAAUUUGGUCAUGUUUAUGAGCGACUUCGUUGACUGGAUUAUUCCAGACAUUCCAAAAGACAUUAGUCAGCAAAUCCAUAAAGAGAAAGUUCUUAUGGUGGAGGUCUUCAUGAAGGAAGAACAAGGAAAGCUGCAGUUGCUAGAAACCUGGAGAGAUAAAGACAAAAAGAAAGGUGAAAACUGUAAUAACCACAGCCCCAGGCCAUCAGUGAGCCAUAGAGGGAGUGUGUCUUCCUGUCAUUCAUGCCACGUUGAAGUGUAGAAGAGGAAGCUGUUUUACAUUGGGGCAUUCCAUUCAUAAACAAGCCAUGACUUAAAGGAUAGGACUUGAUUCUUAAACAACCUGGUGCAUGUUUGAGCAUAUGCAACCAUUUCGCUUAUAAUCUGUGUUAGAAAUAAUGUUCUUAAUACAGAUGAGGACCAUAUUCUGUUUUUGACAAGAUUGUUUUGCACAACAAGUAAUGCAGGGAUUUUUUUACAUACUAUAUAAAUAUAUAGAUAUCAUAGUUAGCUUCUAAUUAUCACUGUUUUUAUUUUAUUUUUAAAGCAAGUAGGUUUCAUUAAGAUGUCCUCUGAGAAGUUUAUUUUAGCUUAUUUAUUGAGGAACGACUGAAGGGAAACAUCAAAUUGCAAGUAUUUUAAAAAUUAGCUCCCCAUUCCUGAGAAGUUGCUUGGGAGCCUUACAGUCAAUAUAAAUAAACAUGUAAUUGGGCAUGUUUCCUUGCAAGACAGUGGCAAAAAAACUCUGAAACUGGGGGUCCUGUUGAAUUGCCUGGGCUCUAUAUGCUAAAUACUCUGAUUUUAUCUUUAAGUAAAAGCAGUGGCAGCACAGUUUUAGUUACCUCAGCUGCAGUCAUUCAUAAUCACAAAAAAAAUGAUCAGAGCAGGAUAGGACUUUAUUCCUGCUACUCAGAACCGAUCACAUGAAUAGCUUUCAUUUCUUUUUACAUAAGAGAUUAGGAAUUUGUGGAAGGGCAUUUAGUGAAGUAAUGCAGAGCAUCUAGUGCACAUUCCAGAGGGGGUCCAGAGGACAAGAUGAAAUUUUAGCAACAGCUCAACUUCCCCAAGCACUGAAGGGCCUUUAUUAAAAGUGCCCUGAACUAAAAAGCACACAUAGAGCUACAUGCAACUUGUACUGCCCACUACAAUCAAGCAUACCUUGUUUCUGGAGAAUAUACUGAAUAACCUUAUUCCCAAAGCUUCUAAGCUCAGAUGUUGUUCCUGGUCAGUAUAGCCAGGCAUCUCAUAUUGUAGAAUAUCCUGUGCUUCCAAAUUCCAUAGUACUCAUAUAGUUUCAGUCAGUAGAGUUCUCAAUAUUCUUCCUUUUGGCAGUUAUGAUCCAAAAACCCUAUUAACACCACUUAAACGUUCCUUGCUUCUUUAUGAUCUUUCUGCCCUUUCUUAUCCUUAUCCUCUUGUCCUCUUCUAUGCCAAAAUGAUCAAAGCAUUUGAACACUUCCUAAUGAGCAUUUGGGCCUUAUCUAAGAAAAACUGUGUAAAGCAAUAUUGAUAGAAGUUUAUGCAAUUAUUAAUGGUAUGCAGAGAGUGGAGAGGCACUGUGUUUCCUUUCUCAUAGCACCAGACUAGGUCACUAGUUAAAAUGAUCAGGAUUAGAGCAGGAAAAGAAGAGGUACUAUUUCACAAUAUGAGUGAUUAAUGCAAAAGUGGAUUGGGACGAGGAAAGGGCCUGGAAAGGGCCGUGGCCCCAUUUGGCCAGGCAUCUUUAGAUUUUCUGUUCAGGGAUGAAUAUUUAAAGGUACAGUGGAACCUCAGUUUUUGUUGGUAAUCCAUACGAAAAGAAUCAAUGAAAACCGAAACGAUUAAAACCGAAGCAAACUUUUCCAUAGGAAUCAAUGUAAAUCCAAUUUAUCCAU